AUGUCUAAACCGUCUGUCGGCUUCGUCGGCCUCGGAGCCAUGGGCUUCGGCAUGGCUACCCAUCUUGUGAAGGAAGGAUACCCUGUCCACGGCUUCGAUGUCUUUCCCGCCUCGGUCGACCGCUUUGAGGCUGCUGGUGGUAUCCCGGCGUCCUCGCUGAAAGACUCUGCCAGCGAGAAGCAGUACUAUGUCUGCAUGGUGGCAUCAGCGCCCCAGGCGCAAUCCGUUCUUUUCGGCGAGGACGGCAUUGUUUCUGUCCUUCCCAAAAACGCAACCCUGCUCCUCUGCUCCACCGUCCCAGCUUCCUACGCUCAGUCCGUAGCCGCAGAGCUGCAGUCGCGUGGUCGCGGCGAUAUCCAAUUCAUCGAUGCCCCCGUCUCCGGCGGCGCCAAGCGCGCUGCUGAUGGUACAUUGUCUAUCAUGGCUGGCGCGCCAGAAGCUGCGCUGGAGAGCGGCCGGUUCCUGCUCGAGGCCAUGUCCGAUUCGAACAAGCUUUACUUAGUACCCGGUGGAAUUGGUGCUGGUAGCAAUAUGAAGAUGGUGCACCAGGUUUUGGCCGGUAUUCACAUUCUGGGUGCUAGUGAGGCAAUGGGUUUCGCUGCGCAGCUGGGUUUGGAUGCGAAGAAAACUGCCGAGGCUAUCAAGUCUUCAGACGCGUGGUCAUGGAUGCAUGAGAACCGUCUGCAACGUAUGCUGGAGGAGGAUUGGCAUCCCGGUGCUAGUGCUUUGACUAUUAUCUUGAAGGAUGUGGGUAUCAUCACUACCUCUGCCCGCCAGAACCAGUUCCCGACUCCUCUGUGCUCCACAGCCGAGCAAGUAUACCUGUCUGCUCUGCUGCAAGGAUACGGUGCAGUCGACGACUCCUCUAUGGUCCGCCAGUACUACCCCGCGGCAAUCACAAAGGUCUCAAACACCAAGUCUGCCGAGGAGACCGCCGAGGCACAACAGCUCGUCCUGGACCUGAUGCAGCUAACCAACCUCGUUGCUGCCGCCGAAGCUAUCGCUUUCGCUGGUUAUCUCAAUGUCGAUCUGAAGCAAUUCUUCACUCUUGUCAGCGAUGCCGCCGGCGCAAGUCGCCAAUUCAUGACCAAGGGACUGGAGAUGAUCGAUGGUCGCAUUGGUCAGAAUUCAGAGUCUGUUAACGAUGUAAUUACUCGCUUGGAGAAGGCUGUGCAGACGGCGCGGGACUUGCAUUGCCCGUUGCAUCUGGGCAACGCCGCGAUGAAUGUUUUGUUCUUGGCGAAAAAGGCUGGAUUCGGUGCCGAGGGAAGCACCAGUGUUAUUAAAGUAUUUGGAAACUAG